CGUUUUGCGACGGUGUCGCUUUGCGGCGGGCGGAGGUUGUGGCGGUUGUGGCGGCGGGUGGCCAUGCUGCUCACCGUGUUCUGCCUGCGCCGCGACCGCAGCGAGCUCACCUUCUCCCUGCAGGUGGACGCCGACUUCGAGCUGCAGAACUUCCGCGCCCUCUGCGAACUCGAGUCCGGCAUCCCGGCGGCCGAGAGUCAGAUAGUCUAUGCGGAGAGGCCUCUCACUGACAACAACAGAUCCCUGGCCUCCUAUGGCUUGAAAGAUGGAGAUGUGGUGAUUUUACGACAGAAAGAGGCUGUAGAGUCACGGCCCUCAGUCCAUUUCCAAGGCCUGCCGAGGAUAGACUUCAGCAGCAUUGCAGUUCCUGGGACAUCGGCUCAGCAGCGUCAGCCACCAGCACAGCGUCUUCGCCCAUUACCUCCCGAUGCGCCUUUGAUCCCUCAGGGUUUGGAAAACCCGGCAUUGCUGCGGGAGAUGCUGCUUUCCAAUCCCCAUGAGCUGUCCCUGCUGAAGGAGCGCAAUCCGCCUUUGGCAGAGGCGCUGCUCAGUGGAGACCUCGAUAAAUUUACCAGGGUAUUGCUGGAGCAACAGCAGGACCGAGCCCGACGGGAGCAGGAGAGGAUCCGACUGUAUUCAGCUGACCCUUUUGAUCUUGAGGCACAGGCCAAAAUAGAAGAAGACAUAAGGCAACAAAAUAUUGAAGAAAAUAUGACGAUAGCAAUGGAAGAGGCACCUGAGAGCUUUGGCCAGGUGGUGAUGCUUUAUAUUAACUGUAAAGUCAAUGGACAUCCAGUGAAAGCCUUUGUCGACUCAGGUGCCCAGAUGACCAUUAUGAGCCAAGCUUGUGCUGAAAGGUGCAACAUAAUGAGGCUGGUGGAUCGGCGGUGGGCUGGCAUUGCUAAAGGCGUGGGCACUCAGAAAAUAAUUGGCAGAGUGCACUUAGCUCAGGUUCAGAUUGAAGGGGAUUUCUUGGCGUGUUCCUUCUCCAUCCUUGAAGAGCAGCCCAUGGACAUGCUUCUCGGGCUGGAUAUGCUUAAAAGGCAUCAGUGUUCCAUCGAUCUCAAGAAGAAUGUACUUGUAAUUGGCACGACCGGCUCAAAGACCACUUUCCUCCCAGAGGGUGAGCUCCCAGAGUGUGCCAGGCUGGCUUAUGGGGCCGGGCGGGAAGACGUGCGGCCAGAGGAGAUUGCAGACCAGGAACUAGCAGAAGCAAUACAGAAGUCUGUAGAAGAAGCAGAGAAUAGUGACAAAGAAACUACCUCACUGGAAAUGCCCUCCUUACCAGCUUCUGAUGGGUUUGAAAAUCCAGUCCAGUCUUCAGGACUAAGUUCUAAAAUCUGCAAUCCCACAAAUAAAUUACUUGAUCGAUCUCUCUUUGCCCCUGCUUCAACACGCUCAACCAAAUCUAGCCUCACAGAGCCCAUUGAUCCUAGAGCCAUCAAGUCAUUUGAGUCUUCAACUAAAUGCCUGAUCACCCCAGGAAAAGACCAUCCUCUUGUGUUACAGCAUCUUUCCAAUAACUCUUCCUUGGCAAAUAAUGACCACUCUCUUCAGACAGAGGAAGUGAAUUGUUGCAGUCCAGCUUGCCUUUCACAGGAGACACUUGGCGAAACGUUUCUUGCUGACAGUCUAAUGGAAUGUAACACUACAGAACAAGACUGUGGUGAGGAACCUCUGUUGGAAGUGACAAAAGAAAAUAGUUUGUCUGACAGCACUGAUGAGCUUGGGCAAAUAAAAGAUGCAUCUCUGCCUUCAGAACUAAAGGAUCGAAAACAGAAGCUCGCCAUAAACCAUCAGAUGUUGACAGAACCAGAGAAGUUUGAGCAUCUGGAGAAACAAACUGACAAAACUGACCCAGAACAUCCUGGCAAAAUUGGUGAGGUGGAAGAAGAGGGCCAUACAGCCAGCCAGCCAGAAAUUCCUCCUGCAGAAAUGAGAGAAGGUAGCCUGGAGAAAGCAGAUCUUCCCUGUGUGAAAGAGCAUAAUAUCCAAACAUCUUGUAGUUGUGUGGAUAUGGAAGUGGAUACAGCUGAGCAUUCUGUAGCUGAAGUGCACAUCUCAGCAAUCAAGCAGAAGUGGCAAGUAAGGAAUGGAAGGGCAUCUGACCUGAACUCAGGUGCCUCUUCUGUGGAAGUGGAGUCAGUGAAGUCUGCAACUUCCCCGAGUGAUGCAGUUUCCACCUCUGAUGUGUUGCAGUCUAAAAGCACCGGUGAAAUCCCCCAAAAUUGUAAUGAGUUGUCCAAUUUAACAGCUGAAAACAGUUCUUCCCCCUCCAUCAUUCAUCAGCAGGGCACAGAUCUGGGUAGACAUUUAGAAGAGCCAUGUUUUUCUCUAGCAUCAGCCUUGAAAGAGCUUCACAAACUCUUGAUCAGUUGUAAAGGAGAAUGUAAACUUCUUACAUCUGAAGUUUCUCAGCUGGAAAUGGUUCACAAAGAGCAAGUACAACGGAAGGGGUUUUCUGAAGAUAAGCAGAAAGGCUCAGAUCGAGAUGGCCAGCAACAGAGUAGUUCCUCCUUUAACGUGAGAUCUGAAGGUGGAAAAGCAGAGGGGAACCAGCCUUGUGAUUCUGGCGUAGAAAGUGUUAGUCUUGGGUCUGUCAUUCACAUGGAAUCAGCUCCUGGAGAAGAUGCUUUACAAAUUCCAGAGUUUUCAGGUAAGAGAGAUUUGACUGUGGUGACUUCUACAGGGAUAUCUGACCAACAAGAGAGCUCUGAGCAGGCAGAGGUUUUGCCGGAACAGAGCAGUGUUUCCUCUCAGCCUUCUUUGGAUGAAGGUACAUCUCAAGACACUUGGGCAUCACUCACAAGAGCACUUGAGAGAAGCAGCAGUUCUGCUCCUGACAGCCCAGCGUUGGUGGGUGGAUGUGAGGAACCGCUGCCUAGCCCACCCACUGAGUCCACAGAACUUCCCUUGGUUGCUUCACCACCUGCUUUCCCUGCAUCUGAUGUUGAUCGAAUCCUUGGUGCUGGCUUUACCACACAAGAAGCUCUGGAGGCUUUGGAACGAGCAGAUGGGAAUGUAGAUCUUGCUCUUCUCAUUUUGCUAGCCAAGAGUAUUAUUGUUCCUACCUAACUGUGGAAGAGGGGGACUUUUAAAAGACUUAUCUAAAUUACACAUCGUAAUGUACAAGCAGAAUGUUAAGCUGGAGUUUUUAAUUAUUUGCAGCCGAAGUAACUUGUCUCUUCUGUUUUGCUUGUUAGAUUUGGCCUUUUGAAAAGAAGAAAAUGUCCUCGUAUUGUGUGGACUGGAUAGCUUUUAAUUAUAGAUACUGGAUGAAAAUUAAUGUUUUUAUUUGAGUGCAAAAUUUUUGAAUAAGCUCUGGUGUUAUGAAUAAGAAGUAGAAGCCAUUAAGAUCAGCACCCUGUCCAGCGCAGAGCAGACUAUGAGAUGAACCGAGUGUGUGUAUGUGUGCAGCCAAUGGAGAGGCAUGACAGAUGGUGUUGUUAUAAAGGGCACACACUCAGUCUGGUGUGGCACAGAUGCAAAACUUUUCUAAAUGGGCUUUUUGGAUUUGUACCGUUUUCUCUCUCCUACACCUUAUAGCCAAAUGUCUGUGAUGCUGUUGAAACAAUUGUGGCAGCUACUACAGGUGCCCACAGGUGUGUAAAACUUUGCAAAAGGAUGGGAGGGUGUUGAGCAUUUUUGGAAGCAUGGGUUUGUGUUUGCAUGGGGAAAACUUUUGCCUGCUUUGGACAAACCCUUUCAUGUUCCUGGGCCAGUGUGUUUAAGGUUACAUUGUGGGGAUAGGGGGUGGAGAGAAAAAGGGGAGGGAUAGAAUUUGGUUCAAGCAAAACUAAGAGAUGUACCGACUUGAAGAUGUGCUGAUAUCAAUUGUAGGUGGGAGGGGAAAUGUAAAGGGGAAAAGUGUGUUUUACCUUUUAUUUUUAAUUUUUUUUUCCCCCUAACUUUGCCCAUAUCAUGCUUCUCACUACAAAAGAACAAUCUCAACCACUUAAGGCGAAACCUUGAUGGUGAAACCUUGUAACAAAGCAACUGCAUGUCAUGGCUUUUAAUUGCAUAUGUCCCAGGAAGGUGGAUUCUCUAUGUGCUGCAUGGGGUUGUGAUCAGCAGAAUGAAGAACUCUGCUUUGCUUUGGCUUAUCAUGAUGUUUGGGGAUGAUCAGCCUCUCAGCAACUGUGGAACGCCUGCAGUGCCUGAUGGGCUACUAAUUGAAUACCUCGUAAAGAGGGCUCCCAGUUAGGGCUUAUGGAACACACGCUGACAUGAUGUCUGCGUUACAGCUAUCAGAGCCUUCCAGGAGGUCCUUGGGGAGCAGCCUGCCUGAUUAGGACUCUCUGAGGAAGCCCUUACCAGAUACUUUUUCUUCAGGUGAACUACUUUGGGGGUUUUGCAGAGCCUCAAAAUACUCUUGGGGUUGGGGAAGGAAAGCAUGGUUGAAAUAUGAUACCAAAUUUGAAGUUAGGAACUUAAUCUCACUCAUGAAACUCCGAAGUGGCUCCCUGUGAAGCGUUCUUCUUAAACUUUCUCCUUUGGAGCUAGACCUGAAGUGGCUGAUCAGCAAUGGCUGGAAACAUGACUUGUUCAUUGUUUCAUUUGUUGUUGUUGUUGUCCCGGACCUCUCCCUGGUGUUCUUUCCCUGCUCCUUGGCAAGUUUGCCUGUCUGUAUGCCAAGCUGUUCUUUGUGUAGGGUAGUGCUUAAAAACAACACAUAUUUGGUUUCAUUUGUGAGCCUGCAGAGUCUUAUGUCUGAGUGGUGGUCAUCAGAUUCUUCUUAGGUGCUUAGGUAGGCAAGGGAUUGGUUAUUUUCUGAAGAGCUGUAAGGCAUUCCUCUGUUGGAAGCAGCUUUUGCUUGAGUUGUGGAUGUACCAGUGAGGCUUGGUGUUCCCAGACAGACUUGGCUUAUAUCGCGCUACUGGCGGUCUCAGCAGCAGGCAUUGCUCUGUGCUUGCAUUGGGAGCAGCAUUUGGCUUUUUGGGACCCUUUGCCCGAGCAGCAUCAGGUAAUUCCCUGCUGGCUCUGUUCAAAAGGAUUCAGUGAGGCGGGAUUACAGCUUUUUGAUCUUUACAUGCAAGUAGUAGGAGCUGACCCCCAGUGAAGCUUGUUGGUACUCUUUGUGGUGAGCACCCCAAAUAAUCAAAAUCCCAUUCUGUAAAGGGUAACAUUUGGACUACUGCAGGAGUGCAGACAGUGUCAUCAGAUCUCUCUAGAAACUUUAGGAAAUAAGAUUUCAAUAUUAGGCCCAUUCACGUCCCGUUCAUUACCAAAAGCAUCACCGGGAGUAGAGCUCAGCUCCAGAGCCUCCUUACUCAUAGUAGUGUUUCUGCUCCUGAUUCACACUGUGGCUCUUGGUGUCAGAGCCCAUCUCUGGUAUAUGUGGUCUGUGCACCAACGACACCAGCUGCAGGUUGGCCCCCCUGGAUGUCUGCGGGUUCAUUUACUGCCAGCUCCUUGAAUCAUCAGAUGUUAGCCAUUCAAUAUUAUACCCUUUUUGUAUUUACAUGUUUAUGUUUUUAGAAGCAAUUGCUAGUAGCUAGGUGCUGCUUUGCACCAAACUGGUUAAAGGCUCUAGUUUUACAGCCAUGUUUACUUAGACUGCAGAUACAGAAUUUAUGCUAUAAAGGCUUUAGAGCAUCAGCAAACUUGCUUCAGUGCUCAGUUUGAUUCUUUGUCAAAUACAGGUUUUGAAAUCUGCCUUUCUGCCUAAGCUGUACUGAAGCAUUUAUCAAUACUAUUAGAAUUUCUUCUGUAACUCUCUGAACUGCUAGAAACAAAGCCUGGCCCCCAUGUCCCCCCGCUGAUGAAUAUUUGUACUGCUCUUUUAUCAAGUUGCUCUGAGCCUGGUGAUCUAAAUCUUCUAAUUUCACAGAGCCUCGCUUUGAGCAAAUGGCCACGUGCUGCUGAAUUAGACAGUGAUUUUGGCUUUUCAGAAUCAAGAUUUACAUCAGAGAAAAUGUGGAUGGUGCUGAGUGUCUGAGUUAAAAUAAAACACAAGAGCGAUUGCUGUCUAGUUGACUUCUGUUUCAGUAUGUGUGUGUGUCUCCUGCUGUGUGGACACAUCCUUAGCCCACGACCCUUCACCAAGCUUUCCUCUGGGUGGCAGAGCAGGAGUGUUUGUAUUUGUGUGUGUGCUAAAGCUUUUUGGCUGGUGUAGGAAUAAAGAUACAAUGCCAGAAGCUGCUCAGGUUUUGGAGGAACUACGUGAAUGGGCUCUGUGCUCAAAUAAAGCUCUUCACACUCUUCAUUCAUCAGUGCUCCACACUAAGCUGUCACAUCAGCUUGGCAAAAUGAUUUCCCUGUGUACAGAGAAUACAGCAACACUGGACGUGCUUUGUUAAGAUGGCAGUGCUUGUGGUGAUUGCUCUGGGUCCAUUGAGUGUGUUCCUGGAUAUUUCCUGAAGCCACUGUGGUUCCAUACCUAAUGAUUGGUUGCUGAGAGGUAUUCUUUUCCUGAGAUCCCGAAGGGAUCUCCUUGGCCUCUUUCUGACUGUGUACUCCUGUAAAUGAUGCUGCCUGGCAAGCUUAGAGGUGAUGAGCAUUGAAAUAAUACUUGGUAGUGUCUGGGCACAAAGCAGUCUGGCAGGAGGCAUUUGCUGGCAGACCGGAGCAGUGCUGCAUUUUGUGAGUCUCUGCCUCAUUGCUCACCGUGCUUGAUGUUCUGUUUGGACUCUUGGUCUCAAGGGCUGUUAACCUUGUACCUCCAAGAGAUGUUCCCUUCUUUCUUUGUCUGUCUGCCUUCACCCCCUUGUAAUUUCCCUUCCUCAGAAGUAGCAAUAUUUUACUUGAUGGUAAGUUUUCUUUCAGACACUAUGCCAUUAGUGAUCAAAAGGAGGAACACAUCCUAGGGGUUUCUUCACCAGACUUGGAUGCGCCAUGUGGCUCCGCAGGAAUCGAAUAUUGAUUCAGAGGGGCCUUUUGCCAUCCUCUCUUGGAGAUCAGCUUGGGAAACAGGGUCAGUUUAGUGUAAAUUGUUCCCUUCUGAAGCAUUCAGAUUUCUUCCUGCACUGCGUAGACGUAGCUUAGUUGGUGAUCCAAAUGCGUAGUGGUUUGGGUUACUUCUUGACUGAUGCAUUUUAGCUUAAGAGUUUUACAAACUCAUGUCAGGAACUUGAGGGAAUCAAUUCUCAGGAAUCCUACAGCUGGUUGCAUUUGUGUCAUUUACUUUUCUGGGCUGAACACACUGCAGUUGUCCUUGUGGGUGGCUGAAGGGAAACGUGCUUGUGUCAUCAGACAGUGGGAUGUGGUUCUGCCCAAAGUAGUACACACUUGAUUCUUUUAUUUUUAUUUUUUUUUUUUAAUAUUGGGAGUCUGUUUAUCAACAAAACUGAUGUGUAAAAUAAAUUUGAUAUUUAAAAAAAAUAAAUAAACACUUUAUCAUAA